AUGCAUCCAAGUGCAUUAAAAAAUGAAUUUGCUGUUAUCAAAUCCAUGCUUCAAUCUAAAACAAUCAAUGAAAUGAUUGAAUUCCUAAAUGAAUUAUUUCCAUUUUCAAACGCAUUUCCACAAACAUUAGAAAUGAUUAAAGAUGCCAUAACAAUGCCAAUUUCUCAAGCUACUUGUGAAAGAUCUUUUUCGCAGAUGAAGAUAAUCAAAAACUAUCUACGAAAUUCAAUGACUGAUACACGUUUAAGUGACUUGACAAUACUAGCAGUUGAACGUGAUUUUGAUAUAAAUUAUGAACGAAGCGUCGAUAUACGCUCAUACGAUAGUCAUCUUCGACAUCGUAUUGGAUCGGAGUCAUCGCAAAACGUUAUGAAAAAAAAAGUUCGGUUUCAUGAAUCGCCGAUUGAAAUACACUCGUAUUCAUCUUGUCCUGCGCGUCAUAGUCGACCCAAGAUCGAAUAUAAUAUUCAUUCGAGCGAACGUAAAUCAAUUAGUCAUGGUCCAUCAUCAAUAAUGGAAAACGAAUAA